CCAGCGUCCUGUCUUCGUUCAGCGCCUUUUAUGUGAGGUUGUGCUGCAACGCUGAGAGAUUCCUUCUAUAAGUAUCUGACCAGAAAUACAAAAGAUCGUCACGCAGAGAUUGUACUGAACCGUAUUUAGCGAAGCUACAGUCUACAUUGUCAAAAGAUCACAUCGACGACUCUGGUGUUGUGUUCUGCGAAAUCACAAAAUGGCGUACCAAAUGUGCAACGAUUCAAAGGCCCCUUUACGGGAAGUAGUACGAGUGCAGUUCAGCAUAUUGAGUCCCGAUGAAAUAAAACGAAUGUCUGUAACUGAAGGUGGCAUCCGAUAUUCAGAAACUACAGAAGGCGGACGACCUAAAUUACAAGGUUUGAUGGACCCACGACAAGGUGUAGUGGACAGAUUAUCACGAUGUCAAACCUGUGCAGGAAAUAUGCACGAUUGUCCCGGACAUUUUGGUCACAUAGAAUUGUCCAAGCCUGUAUUCCAUGUUGGAUUUAUUGCCAAAGUUGUUAAAGUUUUGAGAUGUUUCUGCUUUUAUUGUUCAAAGUUGUUGGUUGAUAAUAAUCAUCCCAAAAUCAAAGAGAUUUUAAUCAAGUCCAAAGGGCUACCUCGCAAAAGACUGGGACAUGUGUAUGAACUGUGUAAAGGUAAAAAGGUGUGCGAGGGUGGCGAAGAGAUGGACCACAAAUUUGAUGCUGAUUUGGCGCAAAGAGAAGAUGAAGCAGAUCAACCAGCCAAACCUAAGGGUCAUGGUGGAUGUGGUCGAUACCAACCUAGUAUCAGGAGGGCUGGUUUAGAGUUGACAGCUGAAUGGAAAAAUGUUAAUGAAGAUUCACAAGAAAAAAAGAUCAUACUUACAGCUGAACGUGUUUUAGAAAUAUUUAAAAGGAUAUCAGAUGAAGAGUCUUUGAUUAUUGGAAUGGAUCCUCAGUAUACUAGACCUGAUUGGAUGAUUGUAACAGUGUUACCAGUGCCACCGUUAGCUGUAAGACCAGCUGUAGUUAUGAAUGGCUCAGCUAAAAAUCAGGAUGAUUUGACCCAUAAGUUGGCAGAUAUUGUGAAAGCCUCUAACCAGUUAAAAAGAAAUGAACAGAAUGGAGCCGCUGCACAUAUUAUUGCUGAAGAUACUAAAAUGUUACAAUUCCACGUUUGCACUAUGGUUGACAAUGAACAACCAGGUUUACCAAGGGCAAUGCAGAAAUCGGGACGUCCCUUGAAGUCAAUUAAACAGAGACUGAAAGGCAAAGAAGGGAGAAUCCGUGGUAAUUUGAUGGGAAAACGAGUUGACUUUUCAGCACGAGCUGUUAUUACUCCAGAUCCCAAUCUUUCUAUUGACCAAGUUGGUGUACCUAGGACUAUUGCACAGAACUUAACAUUUCCAGAGUUGGUCACUCCAUUCAACAUUGACAGAAUGCAUGAAUUGGUUAAAAGAGGCAAUAACCAGUAUCCUGGUGCGAAGUAUAUUAUUCGUGACAAUGGUGACAGAAUUGAUCUAAGAUUUCAUCCCAAAGCUAGUGAUUUACAUUUACAGUGUGGAUAUAGGGUGGAGAGACAUAUCAGGGACAAUGACUAUGUUAUAUUCAAUAGACAGCCUACGCUGCAUAAAAUGUCUAUGAUGGGUCAUCGUAUCAAGAUUUUACCGUGGUCAACUUUUCGUCUUAAUCUGAGUGUAACUACUCCAUACAAUGCUGAUUUUGAUGGAGAUGAGAUGAAUCUUCAUGUACCACAAUCCUUGGAGACUAAAGCUGAAAUUAGUGAGAUUAUCUUAGUACCCAGACAGAUUAUAACUCCACAAUCCAACAAACCAGUCAUGGGUAUUGUGCAGGAUUCAUUAGCAGCUGUCAGAAAAUUUACAAAAAGAGAUGUCUUCCUUGAAAAGGAAGAUGUAAUGAUUUUAUUAAUGUGGUUGCCAUCAUGGGAUGGUAAAAUGCCUCAACCAUGUAUAUUGAAACCCAAACCGUUAUGGACAGGUAAACAAUUGAUGUCUCUGAUUGUACCUGGUAAUGUUAAUUUAGUACGUACGCAUAGCACCCAUCCUGAUGAAGAAGACACUGGUCCUUAUAAAUGGAUAUCACCAGGAGAUACUAAGGUGCUGAUUGAGAAUGGAGAAGUUUUAUCUGGUAUUUUAUGCAAGAAGACUUUAGGUACAUCGAGUGGAUCUUUGGGUCAUGUGGUAUUUGUGGAAAUGGGACAUGAAAUUGCCAAAGAGUUUUAUGGAAACAUUCAGACAGUAGUAAAUAAUUACUUGCUUAUAGAAGGUCAUACUAUUGGAAUGGGUGACUGUAUUGCUGAUGCUCAGACCUAUGAUGAUAUUCAGAAUACAAUCCGUAAAGCUAAACAAGAUGUGAUAGAAGUUAUUGAGAAAGCUCAUAAUGAUGAAUUGGAACCCUCCCCUGGUAAUACUUUGAGACAGACGUUUGAGAACCAGGUCAAUCGUUUGUUGAAUGAUGCCCGUGAUAAAACUGGAAGUUCAGCUCAGAAAAGUUUAUCAGAAUUCAAUAAUUUCAAAGCUAUGGUGGUCGCUGGAUCUAAAGGUUCCAAAAUUAACAUUUCACAAGUUAUUGCUUGUGUGGGUCAACAGAACGUUGAAGGUAAACGUAUCCCAUUUGGUUUCCGCCAUCGAACACUGCCACAUUUCAUUAAAGAUGAUUAUGGUCCAGAAAGUAGAGGGUUUGUAGAGAACUCUUAUCUUGCUGGUUUGACACCUACAGAAUUUUAUUUCCAUGCUAUGGGAGGACGUGAAGGUCUUAUUGAUACUGCUGUCAAAACUGCCGAAACUGGGUAUAUCCAGCGACGUUUGAUUAAAGCUAUGGAAAGUGUUAUGGUACGAUAUGAUGGUACUGUACGUAAUAGUAAUGAUGCAUUGGUACAGCUGAGAUAUGGUGAAGAUGGUCUAGAUGGGGCUCAUGUAGAGUUCCAAGAUAUGCCUUCCAUGAAACCAUCAAAUCAAGCCUUUGAAAAGAGAUUUAAAUUUGAUUACACCAGUGAUAGGGUUCUAAGACGAUUUUUAACUGAAGAUGUUGUCAAAGAUAUCAUUGGUAGUGCGCAAGUUCAAGCUGCAUUGGAAGAAGAGUUUGAAUUGUUAAAAGAAGAUCGUCAUACUCUAAGGAGUAUAUUUCCUACAAGAGAAAGCAAAGUUGUUUUGCCAUGUAAUUUACAGCGUAUGAUUUGGAAUGCUAAAAAGAUAUUCCAUAUUAACGUCAGAAAACCUACAGACCUGCAUCCUGUGAAGGUUAUUGAAGGUCUGAGUGAAUUAACAAAGAAACUGGUUAUUGUGAAGGGGGAUGAUUCAAUCAGUAGACAAGCACAGGAAAAUGCCACAUUGAAUAUGAAUAUAUUAAUAAGAGCUACACUGUGUUCUAGAAGGGCUACUGAAGAGUUCAGGUUAUCAGCUGAAGCAUUUGAAUGGUUACUUGGCGAAAUUGAAACUAGAUUCCAGCAGUCACAGGCGCAGGCAGGUGAAAUGUGUGGUCCAUUGGCAGCUCAGUCUCUCGGUGAGCCAGCUACACAGAUGACAUUGAAUACAUUUCAUUAUGCUGGUGUAUCUGCUAAGAAUGUAACACUUGGUGUACCUCGACUCAAGGAAAUUAUCAAUAUAUCUAAGAAACCAAAGACUCCUUCUUUAACUGUAUUCCUUACUGGACAGGCAGCAAGAGAUGCAGAGAAGGCCAAGGAUGUACUGUGUAGAUUGGAACAUACAACAUUACGUAAAGUCACUGCCAAUACAGCUAUAUAUUAUGAUCCAGAUCCACAAAACACUGUUAUUACUGAAGACCAAGAUUGGGUUAAUGUCUAUUAUGAAAUGCCUGAUUUUGAUCCAACAAGAAUAUCACCAUGGUUAUUACGUAUUGAAUUGGAUCGUAAACGUAUGACAGACAAGAAACUGUCCAUGGAACAAAUUGCUGAGAAAAUUAAUGCCGGAUUUGGUGAUGACUUGAAUUGUAUAUUUAAUGAUGAUAAUGCUGAGAAAUUAGUAUUGAGGAUACGAAUAAUGAACAGUGAUGAAAAUAAGUACCAGGAUGAAGAAGAACAGGUUGAUAAGAUGGAUGAUGAUGUAUUCUUGCGUUGUAUAGAAGCAAAUAUGUUAACAGAUAUGACAUUACAAGGCAUUGAGCAGAUUAGUAAAGUGUACUUGCAUUUACCAAAAGAAGAAUCUAAAAAGCGUAUUAUUAUAACAGAAAGUGGCGAGUUCAAGGCUUUGCAGGAAUGGAUUCUAGAAACUGAUGGUACAUCAUUGAUGAAAGUAUUAAGUGAAAGAGAUGUGGACCCAGUCAGAACAACUUCCAAUGAUAUCUGUGAAAUAUUCCAGGUGUUGGGUAUUGAAGCUGUCAGGAAGUCUGUUGAGAAGGAAUUAAACCAUGUUAUCUCUUUUGAUGGUUCAUAUGUAAACUAUCGUCAUUUAGCUUUACUCUGUGAUAUCAUGACAGCGAAAGGACAUUUAAUGGCCAUUACAAGACAUGGUAUCAAUAGACAAGAUGUUGGUGCUCUUAUGAGGUGCUCGUUUGAAGAAACCGUUGAUAUUCUAAUGGAUGCCGCAAUGCAUGCAGAAACAGAUCAUAUGAAAGGUGUCAGUGAAAAUAUCAUGUUGGGUCAGUUAGCUAAGAUUGGAACAGGAUCAUUUGAUUUACUACUGGAUGGUGAAAAAUGUAAAUAUGGCAUGGAGAUACCAAGUAAUAUUGGAUUAAUGCCUGGAGGUGGUACUACUGGCAUCUUCUUUGGAUCACUUGGUACCCCAGCUCCUGGCAUGUCUCCUCAGAUGACACCCUGGAAUCAAGGAGCAACACCGGCGUAUGGCGCCGCAUGGUCACCUGGUGUUGGGAGUGGAAUGACCCCUGGUGCAGCAGGAUUCAGUCCUUCAGCUCAGUCAGAUGCAAGUGGAUUUAGUCCCGGUUAUAGCCCAGCAUGGUCGCCUCAACCAGGAUCACCAUCAUCACCAGGUCCUACUAGUCCAUACAUGCCAUCACCAAGUGAUGCUAUGUCACCAACUUAUGCUCCAACUUCACCUGCUUAUGAACCUGGCUCACCUUCAGUUACACCACAGAGUCCAUCAUAUAGCCCAACUUCACCAUCGUACUCUCCAACAAGUCCAGGAUAUUCACCGACUAGUCCAAAAUAUUCUCCGACCAGUCCAAGUUAUUCACCAACUAGUCCCAGUUACUCGCCAACGAGUCCUAGUUACAGCCCGACUUCACCAUCUUAUAGCCCGACAAGUCCCAGUUAUUCUCCCACAAGCCCUAGUUAUAGUCCAACGUCGCCAAGUUACAGCCCAACAUCACCUAGCUAUUCACCAACAAGUCCAUCAUAUAGUCCAACUUCACCAAGCUACUCGCCGACGUCGCCAAGCUACAGUCCAACUAGCCCAUCGUACAGUCCGACGAGUCCAAGUUAUUCACCAAGCUCACCACAGUAUACACCAACAUCACCAAACUAUUCACCUACUAGUCCUGGUUACUCACCGACCAGUCCGAGUUACAGUCCUUCAUCUCCAAGUUACUCCCCAACAUCACCGAGCUACUCUCCAACAUCACCUAGUUAUAGUCCAAGUUCACCCAAAUAUUCCCCACAUUCACCUAGUUACAGCCCAAGCUCUCCUAGUUACUCCCCAUCUAGCCCUAAGUACUCGCCAACAAGCCCAUCAUACAGUCCAACAUCACCGAGUUACAGUCCAAGUUCUCCCCAGUACACCCCAACUUCACCGAAAUACAGUCCAACAAGUCCUACAUAUUCGCCAGCUAGCCCAAGUUAUUCCCCAUCAAGUCCCAAAUAUUCGCCGACAAGCCCUAAAUAUUCUCCAACUAGCCCAACCUAUUCGCCAACAUCUCCAAAGUACAGUCCUACUUCACCCACAUAUUCACCAACCAGCCCCAAGUAUAGCCCAACAUCACCCACAUACUCUCCAACAAGUCCAAAAGGAUCAACAUAUUCCCCAACUUCUCCAGGGUAUUCCCCAACAUCACCGUCAUACAGUCCUACAAGUCCUAUGGAAGAUAGUGAUGAAGGUUAGACAUAACAGCCACCAUAUGUUAAUUUGCCAAGGAUACAAUCAAGACAAAAACAGGAGCUUGCAUUAACUUGGGUCAAGUCUUCUAAAUUCAUUUUUUUGAUUUAAGAAUUGAAAAGGAAUACCAAGUAUAUUUUGUAUUAUAAAGCUUGGUAUAUUUUACUAUAUUCAAAACUCUACUCCAUGUACAAGUUCUGGUAUGAUUUAUAUUAUGGAGUUCCUAUUUCAUAAAAUGAAAUAUGUUGUGUGUGAAAACAAGAUAUAGUUGUAUUUUUCAUCAUAUUUUUUUUAAUGUUUGCAAUAUGAAGAAAAAUUUGCAUGUUGUAAUCAUACAUACAAAACAAAACAAAAUUGUAUUUUUGUUCUCACAACUUAAGGUCAUUUUCAGUGAGAAUUUUGAUUUUCAGAGCUUCAAAUAUCUUUAGUAAAGUAAAAAUACUAUACUUAACUUAGAGAUACAAGUCCUUAAACAAGCACAGGGUUGAACAGUUGUACACCAUUGUGUAGCUCAUUGUGGUGGUUGAUGUUUUUAACAGACAUGGCUUUUUUUAACGCAAUAUAUCAAGGUAACAAGUGGGUCCAUGUGGAUAAGUACACAGGACAUUUUUCUGAACCGCCUGUCGAACCUUAGUCAGUAUUGAUAUGUUCACAUAUUAAUGACGAGUGCAUGUCUGCCUUCUAUCAUAUUUACAGACAGUGGAUUGUGUUCCAAAUUAACAAGAAGAAAAAUAUGUACUGAAAGUUAUAAAAAAAAAUUAGAAACUGAGAAAACUAGGCUAAAUAAACAAAAAUUUUAGACUAGUUUCUUAGAUUGUAUGCUCAUCAAAUGCAAGAUGUAGCUGCAGACUUCUGUGAAUAUUGACCAAUCUAGGUGAUUCAGAAAAUCUUGAAGUACUCCAAUGGUUCAACAGUCUAUUAGUAGUGGAAAUGACUGAUUGGCUGUCGUAAAUGAAUCUAUAUUGACUAUAAUUGUAAAAAUAACUGUUCUAAAAAUUUGAAUAAAUUUUAAAAAAGU